GAGCCCGGCGGAGCCCCGCGAGCGUGCGGAGCCCCGAGGCCUCGGCUGUCUCCCAAACUUUUCAAAGUCGGCCCGGGGCCCGGGCGGCCUGGGCUCCGAGCUCGGCCAGGAGGACUCCGGGGAGCAGGAGGAGGACCCGGAGGACCAGGAGGAGGACCCGGAGGACCAGGAGGAGGACCCGGAGGAGGAGGGGCCGCCGCAUCAAAGACACCGGCUUCCCGCGGCCCGGGGGCGAGCCAUGCGCGGCGGUCGGUAAUGUCAGCGGAACAGGACAAGGAGCCCAUCGCGCUGAAGAGAGUUCGAGGUGGUGACAGCGGACUGGAUGGGUUAGGAGGGCCAAAUAUACAACUAGGAAGCCCAGAUAAGAAAAAACGCAAGGCCAGCACACAGGGGCCUUCCUUUCCCCCAUUGUCUGAGUAUGCACCGCCACCAAAUCCAAACUCUGACCAUCUAGUGGCUGCCAACCCCUUCGAUGACAACUACAACACUAUUUCCUAUAAGCCGCUGCCUUCUUCCAGUCCGUAUCUCAACCCCGGCUACCCCGGCUUUGGAGGCUACAGCACGUUCAGAAUGCCACCCCACGUCCCUCCAAGAAUGUCUGCCCCCUACUGCGGUCCUUACUCACUCAGGAAUCAACCACAUCCAUUUCCUCAGAACCCUCUGGGCAUGGGCUUCAACCGGCCUCACGCCUUCAACUUCGGACCACACGAUAAUUCGAGUUUUGGAAACCCACCUUACAAUAGCGUGCUGGCCCAGGACAUUAACAUGCCUGGCCAGCAUUUCAGGCAAGGCCCCGCUGAAAACUUCAGUCAGAUUCCCCCACAGAAUGCUGGCCAGGUACCUAAUCCUGACCUGGCAUCUAAUUUUGUCCCCGGAAAUAAUUCAAAUUUUACCUCUCCGUUAGAAUCCAAUCAUUCGUUUAUCCCACCGCCAAAUGCAUUCGGUCAAGCAAAACCGCCGCUUCCCAAACAAGACUUUCCGCAAGGGGCAGCCAAACCCACGACUCAGAAUUCCUCCACUCACCCGCCUCACCUAAACAUGGAGGACCCGGGCAAUCAGAGUAGCAUCGAGGUCAAGAACGUCAGCAGAAACAGCAGCGGCGUCCAGGACAACAGCCGCUCGGGGAGCACCGAGGCCACCGCCAACCACGCCAACGGGACCCAGAACAAGCCCCCGAAGCCCCGGGGCCCAGCCGACCUGGGCACCACGGACAAGAGCCGCAAGUUCUCCCUGCACCCCGGCCGUCACGGCCACUCGUCCUCCGACCCCGUGUACCCGUGCGGGAUCUGCACCAACGAAGUGAACGACGACCAGGACGCCAUCCUGUGCGAGGCCUCCUGUCAGAAGUGGUUCCAUCGCAUCUGCACCGGAAUGACGGAAACGGCCUAUGGGCUCCUGACGGCCGAGGCCUCCGCCGUGUGGGGCUGUGACACGUGCAUGGCUGACAAGGAUGUCCAGCUCAUGCGCACUAGGGAGGCCUUCGGGCCACCCGCCGUGGGCGGGGAUGCCUGAGCGCCACCGUCAACUAACGUGGCUUCCCUUUCCCGUGUAGAACGAAGAUUUGGUGACCUAGGGUUUUAACGGUUGACAUUAUUUUUUUAAAUGCACACACACACACAAAAAUACCAGUUCUUACUAACAUCAUGCUUCAUUUUCUUGUUUUCUGUUUGUUGUCUUAAAUGGGGUUAAUGUUCGGGGGGGGGGUUACUGUAGAGACAUUUACAAAUAAAUGUUCAUUGUUAUUUAUCAUAAACAGAAAAGCCUCUUGAAGCUUCAAAAUAAUAUAUGACAAAGGUAGGCGAGUUGUAACUUUUAAAAGUUAGUAUUGAAAAAUAUUUCCGCACUAAGCUUCGACCGUGUGACAGUACACAUUUAGUUUAAAUAAGAGUAGAUAGAUUUAACAUGUUCUCUGAAUACAGUCUGUGUAGGGGUAACGUGGGGGGAUGUGUGUGUUUAGUGGAGUUUAAUGUUUUCUUUUAAUGUUAGAAUUUGACAUUGAUCCCUCCUCUGCUUGGGUCUUUGGAGUCUGUGAAUUUCAUUGUUCAAAUCAGUCUUUCCGGGAUAUCUAUGUAGGUACAAGACAGACUUGGAUCACAGCAUAGUCUGUUCCCAGUAGUUCUUGCUAAUUCGCCGUUGGGUUGUGCUUGUGAAACUGCUGAUGUCAGCUCGCUGAUUUUAGUAAAACUGGCCUGGCAAGUGUUUCCUCGUGUGUCAUUUAGAAUUACACUGGCACUGCGCUCUCAGUUUUUUUAAUUAUUCGGGUUUUGGCAAUGUUCUCCUCAUAAUCAUGCAAUAGCUUCAGCAUUGUGAACACUUUCUUCUCCAUUCCUUUAAGCCGGGACAGACUGCGGGGAAGACAGAAGCAGCAGCAUGGUCCAACAGGGCUCUGCCGCCCUGUGAACUAGGCAGUGCGCGUGGUCCAACAGGGCUCUGCCUCCCUGUGAACUAGGCAGUGCUGGCUGGAGUGCUGUUCCGGAGAGCGGAGUCUGUAAAGUGAAGCUCAGGGAAGCUCAGAGUCCACUUCAAAGUAAAGACCAGUGAAGAGGUAUCGGAGUGCACCCGAGAGGACCUUACCUCCGGAGGGAUGCUCUAAGAUCCAAAACGACACACACAUUUUUUUGGAGCAGAUCAUAACCUGUGACCAGUAUAAGCAAAUGGUGACAAUUUAGACAAUGGUGGCGUGUUGAUGGCCAUCCCUAAUGAUGCUUUGCCUUUCAUUAUCAGUGUGACUAUAAAAAGUUGUAGAAUGUGGGACUGCUGGCCUGGCUCUUGCUGCUCUUGAAGAGGACCUGGGUUCAGUUCCCAGAACCCACAAUGGUCAGCUCAAAACCGCCUGUAUCUUCAGAUCCAGGGACUCUGGUGCCCUCUUCUGGCAUUUGUAGGCACUGCACACACAAAGUGAACACAUAUGUUUAUGUACGCACAGAUACACAUAAAAUAAAAACAUCUUAAAACACAAUAGUUAAAAAUAGUCAAAAAUGUCAAAACUCUAAAAUACUGUGGUAGUCUCAAGGGAGAUAAUUGCUGCUUGAAGGGAAAGAACAACAACAGCAGCCACACAUUUAUCAAGAAACAUAAAAGUUUGUGAAGAUUCUUGAUUGACGUGGGGGCUGAGGAGAUGGCUCAGCAGUUAAGAGAACUAGCCGACUUUCUGAAGGACCCCAGUUUGUUUCCCAUCCCCCGUGUGGCAGCUCACAACCA